CUAAAUACUUGCUCUUCUGUAGGCCUAAAGGGAAAAUCCAGCCUGAAAACCUUACCAGAAAUUAAAGAGAAGCUUGAAGUGACCCAAGUGAGCCAUGCAUCCGAUCAAAGCAUUCCAGUCAAUGUCGAAGAGAUGACCAACAUGGAAGAAACUGAAGAGAAAAUAGGAGAAAGCACUGUACUGCUGAAGGAAUCUUCAGUAAUCAACUUUGAAAGUAAAAGUUUGAAAAAUGCUGAAGUGACUUCAAGUACAGGAUUGACUCUUCCCACAGGUGUUUCAACCUUUCUACUAGAGUGUUUAGAUGUAGAUUCUACUGCAGACUAUAACACAGGCUGUAAUGACAGCAUGAACAAUUGUUCAUCCCCUGAAACAUUCAGAGAUGAAGAUGGUUCAGACAGAAGUAACCCUUGCCUUGAGGACUGUGUCAAAUAUAAGAACUCAACUCUCCUGGACUCCAGCAAAGCAAUGACCAUAGAUAAAAUGCCACAGAUCUCAAAUCUGUCAGCAAUAUUAGAACCUGUGCUGGAAGAUUUUCAAGACCAAUACACUAGAAGAAAUAAACCAUCAAAAUGCAAUUACAGUUCUUCAGAAUUAAAUGUUUCAACUACUCUAGCAGGGAAACAAGUCUGUAAAAUUACAGCUGUGAGAGAGAGAACUCCAGACCUAAAAACUGGCAUGCGCUGUCCUUCACCAACAGGACCAGAAAGAAAGCCUGAGAAUCAAACCGCUAAACCUCAAAAGCUGAAGUGCAAGAAAAAAGCUAAAUUCUCUAGUCCUUUAGAAGAAGACGUAUCAUCAUUCAGUCAGCUUGAAUCUGCUCCAGAAAACACGUCAGCCAAAUCAGUGGAGUUGACAGCACAAGUACUGCCAUCCAAACAGCCAGAUGCUAUGCAAAUGAGUUCCACCAUGCUGAUCGUGGAGAAUAACAAAGCCCUGCUGAAAAACCCUGGUUAUGCUCAGCCUGCAGAGCUAGAUCUUAGCUUGUCACCAGUGUGGAAAGCCUCAUCUGGGGAAGACUUAUUCCUGAAUACAACAGGUCCAUAUGUAAAUUCAGAAGAAAUUGUUCCUGCAUCUCUGAGCUCAGAAAUUAUUCCUCAAAGACCAGAAGAAAAGAAUAUUUUUCAGCCUCCAUGUAACAGAGAGAAAAUCUGCUCCAUUGUUAGAACUUCACCAGGUCAUAGGUCUUCCAGGCUUCAGAGAAUUCCAGUUAACAGAAAUGCAUUCUGCCUUCCCAAAGGAGUGCCUGAAGGUAACGGAAUAUAG